AUGUCCUUGUCGGAUCUUUCUUGGAAUCCCCUUGCUCUCUCAAAUCAUUUCCCAGGCAGACAAGACUUGUACCAGCAAGAUCUUCAGCCUUCUGCGGCUUUUCUCAGCCACGAAUUCUCCCACCUCUCGGAUUCUUUCUAUACAAAGAGAACACCACGUUACAAUAUGAAUACACUAUCUCCGGAUGAGAUGAAGCGGUUUCAGGAACUGUCCAACGAGUUCGAAGCGGACGUUCAGCAAUCGAGCAAUGCAAUUGCGUUGGAGUAUGCGAACGCGGAUCCUACCUAUGUCACAAAAACCAACGCACUGGCAGUGACACAUCCUUUUACACGGGUCAUGAAGGGGGACGGGAAUUGUGGUUGGAGAGCGGUCGCGUUCGGCUACUUCGAGAGCCUCUUCAAUCUCCGAGACACGCUGCAAGUGCACCGCGAACUACUGCGGAUCAAGUCGCUGAGCUCCUUGCUUGAUCAAGUCGGCCAACAGGAACAUCUGUACGAAAUAUUUGUCGAAGCCACGGAGCAGGUCUUCACACAAGUUUCGGAAGCCAUCCAAAACGGCGUACACGACGAAUCUUUUCUUGUGGAAGCCUUCAAUAUCGACUAUAACUCGAGCGCCGUCAUCACUCAUUUUAGACUUCUCACAAGUGCAUGGAUGAAAUUGAACCCUCAUAGGUAUCAGGCUUUCCUCUCGUUGCCUCUAGACCAGUACUGCGCAACGCGAAUUGAGACGGUCAAAACGGAAAUCGAUGAAGUUGGGCUUCAAGCCUUAGUCGAUGGUGUGAUCGAGGGGUCCGGCUUCGCAGUUGAGAUUCUAUACCUCGACCGCAGCGCAGGCGACGCGGUCACCCCUCACCUGUUAACACCAAGCCGGCCCACCUCCGCAACGAUCCGACUGCUGUAUCGCCCUGGCCACUACGACAUCCUUUACCGUCUCGAACCUACUGUGAAUAUGGAACCCGUGGUUAAUUACCAAUUCGGAAUGACCACUAACUACUCCCCCUGGGAUCAAGGUGCUCUCUCGUUCGACGUGAACUCUAGUCUGAUGUCAAUUCCUGGUCUCAUGAUGGAUCCGUCGUUUGGCCUCGCGCCUGCUGCUCCUGCUGCAGUAUCUCCUGCAAUGUCUCCCGCGCCCCCAAGUCCUUACCGGGUAUCACCGCCUCACGAAGUUUACCAGCCCAGUAUGCCCAGCCCUCCGGCAGCCAUUCCAGCAACGUCACCACCGCCUCCCCGAAUGUCUGGACCGCCGCCACCUAUGAGCUCGUUACCAAGUCGCUCAUCUGACGGACCUCAAAUUCGGCUGAAUCCAUUGGUCAUGAAACAAAACUUAAGUCAUUCCUUACCUGUCACUACUCCGUUCAAGAACUCUCCCUACAACCAGGCCCACUUUCAGAACCAGGACUUUGAGCCAAUUCAUUGGGAGCCCAGCGAGUCUCGAAAGUAG